AUGGACCAAUUAAACUUUUUGAUCAACGAGCCAUCUUAUCGCUGUCAAUUACCCUGGGCGCCAACAUAUCCAGCUCUCACAAUCGCUUUCGUCACAACAUUCCCUCUUCGCAUCGCCAGAUGGCGUCCGAAUCUGAUCAAUCAAACUCUUCUACUUGAAAGAGCAGAAAAGAUCUGCGAUUUCCUCAAGCAACCACCAUAUCCCGAUAUCCACCGGACUGUUUCCAUCUUCGUCAACUACGCACGCGCCUUGAUUGCCAGUCAAUGUCCGCAGAACAAUAAUAGUACAGAUGUACCAAUCAUGUCCGGUCAAAGUGAGGGCCCGCCAUUCCAGGGAGCUGAUAACCCCAUGAUCAACGGCCCGCCUCCAUCAGGGGUGGGUCCCCUCGAGGAUCUCCGCUACAGAACCGGCCCGACCAUUCAGGCCGAUAAAGUUUCAAAUAUGGUCUCAAUGCCAAGUAGUGACCCAUCUGCAGCUAGAGCGCCGGUAUCUCGGAUAUCCGGCACCAUGGAAGCACCGAACUGGACUGUAUCAAACUCUAUUGCAGAUUCUUUUGAAACGAAACAAUCUCUAAGGGCUCAGAUAGCCGCCAUCCUUUCUUCAGACAAUGAUGACGGUGUUGACGAGAGGUCUCUUGCCUCAACGGAGAAAAAUCCAAAGUCAACUGGUGAUUACCGAAUAGUUGAACUGUCCCAAGAUGAAUUGCUUGUCGAGUUCCAGGAGAACUCACCAAGAAACCCACCAAAUUGGGCCUUUAGCAAAAAGUUCUACAAUGCGAUUGUAGGGAUAUUUAUAGUCCUCAAUAGCGGCAUAUCAUCCGCACUUCCUAGCAAUGCAGUCCCCGCUAUCAUGCAGGACUUCCACGAGUCCGGAGACCAGCAAAAAGUCUUACCAACUGCCGUCUUUCUCAUUGGCUACGUGGUUGGGCCUCUGCUAUUCAGUCCAUUGAGUGAAACUAUUGGACGGAAACCCGUUCUCCUCUGGUCUUUCACUGUUUUUGUCCUCGCUACGCUUGGAUGUGCUCUAGCGCCAAAUUGGUCCUCUUUUCUUGUCUUUCGGACUAUUUGUGGUCUGGCAGGGGCUGCUCCACAGACAGUUGUUGGUGGUAUUUAUGCGGACUUGUUUUUUGAUCUGCGAACCCGUGGUCGCGCGAUGGCGAUGUAUAUGUCGGCUUGCAGUUUUGGUCCCAUUUUGGGCCCGAUCAUCUCUGGAUGCUCAGUCAAAUAUGGUUGGAGAUGGCCUUUUAGGAUUGACCUGAUUCUGUCGGGUAUUACCUGGUUGGCUCUGCUCCUCACGUCUGAAACUUUUGGCCCAGCAAUCUUGAACCGACAAUCAGCCAAAUUGAGAAAACAUUCGGGAUCCAAUCGAUACUUUUCGCGUCAAGAGCUCAAUCUGGACUCGAGAUUCACUCCGAUGGAAAUCAUCACUCGUCCCAUCACGAUGCUCUUUUUUGAGCCUAUCAUCACCUCAACAUCCAUCUAUAUCGCCCUCGCAUAUAGCCUGGUCUUCUUUUACUUCCAGGCCUAUCCCAUCAUCUUUGAAGGUGUCUAUGAUUUCACCGUCGAGCAAACUUCCCUCACAUAUAUCCCAAUUGGCAUCGGCGCCGCAUCCUCCGGCUUCGUCGCCCUCUACUACGACAUGAUCUACGAAAAAGCCAAAAAGCUCAACAAAGCCUGGACCUCCAGCGAAGAGUACCACCGACUCCCCAUGUCCUGUAUCGCCGGGCCCUGUCUAACAAUCAGCAUGUUCUGGCUCGCCUGGACAGCAAAGCCCACCAUGCAUUGGGUAGCACCCGUGAUGUCCGGGUUCGUCUUCGGAUUCGGAUUCCAGACGAUCUUCAUUUCGCUUCUUACCUACGUGACCGACGCAUACAAGAUCUACUCUGCCAGCGCACUGGCCGCUUCCGUUAUUGUACGGAGCAUUGCUGGAGCGCUUUUCCCGCUGGCCGCCCAGCCGCUCUAUAAAUCUUUCGGGGUUUCAUGGGCUACUUCCCUCCUUGGCUUUAUUAGUCUUGCUUGCAUUCCGAUUCCUUUUGCUUUGAUGCGAUUGGGUCCUUGGAUUCGUGAGAGAAGUCCCUUCUGUCAGAGGCUAAUCUUGGAGGAGAAACUCAAGGCCAGUGGGUCAAAUACACCCGUGCAAGUAUAG